GGAGGCGAACAUCAGCAGAGGACGAGGCGGAGAGAGAAGCAGAAGAGUGGAGACGGGAGCGAAGAAAGAGUGGGCAGAGGGACGGGAGGACAAAAGAGGAGACGAGAGGCGAGGCGAGGCAAGGCACGGGAAUGCGAGCGACUUCUUGUUCUGAUCGUUGACGCGAGAGCAGGUGGCGGAACCAUUCGAAGAAGGUGGUGGUGGUGGCGUUUGCUGGCCCCCGGGUGCGUCAUCGUCUUCAUGCGUCAGUUGCCGUAGGGGAGUGUGAGGCGCGCGGUAUCUUGUUGGACGGUGACGCGAUCCAGUUUGUGCAGCACGGGACGGAUUUUGUCCGGGAAGGUUUUGCCGAGGCCACGGAAGCGAGUUCGAUGACUUCCGCAUCUGUGAUUGGCCGAUUGUGGGAUUGGAUUCUUGAGGAGUUCUGGUAGACGAUUACUGCCGAGUCUGUUGAGCGCGCGUGGGUCGGAAAACGACGGAGAGAGGGGCACGGCGGAAGGGAGGAGGAGCGGAUGCGUUGAAAGCGAGCGGGGAGUAAAUUAUCGUACGAACGUUGUAAAUUAUCGCUGCGGGUGUUCCAGUUCUACGUUGCCCAGCCCGCUGUAUGUUUUUAAGCUCCUCCAGCCUUCAAUCCAGUGGCAGCUUGAUCAAUAUCUGGAAUUGUCGAUACGUGGUUGUGGUCAGGAAGUUCGUGCGCCUGAACUGCUGUCAAUCGAUAUCCUUAUUCUCCUCUUUGCCGUAAGAGAUUAACUAUCCUGCAGGUCGGUUUUGCCGAAGUGAAUGAGGCAUGGCAGCUUCUGUAACUAUCAAUUUGGGCAGCCUUAGUGGAGGAAGGAUUCUCAAUCCUCCUCCUCUGAGCGUUGCAUUUGAAAUAGAAAUAUCUGAAUGUACUGCUUCCACAUCUCCUAUACCCAAGCGAGUAAGGCGAAGACUCCAAGAAACUACAGAAAGCAAAUCAAAAUUUCCCGCUAGCCUUGAAGACAUUGAAAUUAAGCUGAAGGAGGCGGACUCGAGACGCCAGCAAUUUCAUGAGUGGUUGGCAAACAAAGCUCGUCCAAAGCCGAAGCUAAGUCCUUCUCAUCCUCAAGCCGAAGACUUGGCACAACGUCUAGAGGCCAAACUUUCAGCAGCUGAGCAGAAGAGAGCGGAACUGCUGGCCCAUGAGCAGACAAGGCUUGCCAAAUUGCAUGAGCUUCGAGUGGCUGCUAAGACUGAAGCUCAGCUGCGAGCAGAACGUGAGAGGGAAGAGUUGGGCUCCAAGGUUGAAUUUCGUGUACAGCAAGCUGAGACGAACAGGCUAGCUCUUCUAGAAGCCGAGAAGCAGCGCCGGGCUGCAGUUCACGAGCGCAUAGCUCAGUCCGUGAUCCAUCGAACAACAAAGGAAGGAAGGGAUCGGGAUCGGAUUGAAGCUCUUCGGGCGACUAUUUGCCAGAAAAUUGCUGCAGCUGAAGAGAAAAGAGCAGGAAUUUUGGAGGCAGAAAAGAACCGGGCACAAGCAUGUGUCUUACAGGCUAGACGGGUAGCCAAGGCUGUUGUGCGAGAAAGGGAACUUGAGAUGCGGAAGAAGAAGGAGAAGCUGGAGGCGAGACUCCAGAGGGCCAAAAGACAACGUGCAGAAUAUCUGAUGAAGAGAGGAGGAUGCAGAGGAGCUUGCCACAAUCAUGGCCACAAGCUUCAUAAGCACGGUGAUAGAUUAUGCCGCAAGCUUACAAGAUGCUGGAGACAGUUUCGAGGCUCAAGACGGACCACGUAUGCUCUGGCUCAGGAGUACGCUGCCUGUGCAAUCAAUCAGGAAUUAGUUGUUUCACUUCCAUUUGAACAGCUGGCUUCUCGAAUCACGUCUCCAGCAACCCUUCGCAGUGUGAAGCCUUUGCUCGCACGGAUUGAAAGUCGCUUGAUGCUUUCGUCAGCAGGAGGGCAAUUCAGUAUUGGACAAAUCGAUCAUCUUCUGAAACGCUUAUUUCCUUCCCGUCGCAAAACUGGAGGUCCAUCUGUUACUAGUGCUGGGAAGAAGGGCUCAGCUGGUCUCAAAGGCAGCAAGGAGAGUGUGAAGGUAGAUGAGAAAGAAAUGGAAAGAUAUCCUGCACGAGUUUUUCUUUGUGCCUAUAUGAUUCUAGGACAGCCGGAUGCGGUUUUCAGUGGUCGCGGUGAACGUGAAGUAGCACUUGCCGAAGCCGCAGCGAAGCUGUUACCUGAGUUCGAAGCGUUGCUAUCCAUAAUCCUCGAUGGUCCAUCGUCUACUCCUCUACGUCCAUCUUCUCCAAGCGGCGGAUACGAGAAGAAAAAUGGAUGGACUGCCGAACAGCAGGAUCACCAGAACAGUUGUGCAUUCCCUGCCCCCCAAAGACCCUUCUCUGUCCAAAUGGCCACUUUCGAUGCCGCAUGGUGCUCAUACCUGUACCAGUUCGUGGCCUGGAAAGUGAAGGAUGCCCAACUUUUAGAGGAAGAUCUCACCAGGAUGGCCUGCCAGCUGGAGGUCUCCAUGCUUCAAAAAUGCAAAGACACAUCGGAUUUCAGCCACGACUCUCAGGCCAUACGCAGACAGGUCUUAGAGGAUCAGAAGCUGUUGCGUGAUCGGAUUCUACAUCUGACGGGUAACGCAGGAGCUUCUAGAAUGGAAGACGCUUUGUCAGAAGUACGCACCAAGUUCAACGAAGCUUUGGAAAAUGGAUCACCUCUACCUUCGCCCUUCUCGUCUCCCCCUGUCGUAUCACGGACACCCAUAUCUCCACCUCCCACUCCUUCUCCGUUUCUUGGAUCUUUUGCUGAUGUUCCGGAGGAAUCAUCAAGCGGAAGUAGGGCGAAGGUUGUACGCCAUCUCUUCAAACCUGCAGACGAGUGUCAGUCAAUGACCGAGAGUGUACCUGAGGACCGGACUGAACCUGGUGCUCAGACUGUAAUCUUACCAUCUAUGUUUGAAGUAACUGAACCCGCAUUCACCAACGAGAAAAUAGUCCAUGAGAUGCUGCAUGACCCAAGCUGGCAAAUGAUGGACCCUACUCAACACAAGGGCACAUCUGAACCCCUCGUUGCUGGAGGCACCCAAACGACCAAAGUGGAAGAGUUGCAGGCUCAAAUACGGGAGACUAUGGAAAGCGCUUUUUGGGAUGGUAUCGUUCAUGGUUUGCUGGAAAGCCCCCCAGAGUAUGGGCGUGUUGUAAGUCUCGUCGGAGAGAUCAGGAAGGAGUUUGAAAACAUUAUUCCUGAAAAAUGGAAACAGGAUUUACUAGAGAGUAUGGAUCUGGAGCUACUCUCUCAGAUUCUGGAGUCGGGGAGCUAUGACUUCGAGUAUCUGCGGCACCUCUUGGACUACGCGUCAGGACUGAUCCUCAAGUUGGGUGCACCAAUACGUGACAGUGAGACCAAAGCUGCGCACCAGUCUCUGCUGACUGGCUUGUCAGUGUCACCAAAGGCAGAUGGUGAAACUCAGCGGGCUUUUGCAAAUGCAAUGGUCAAAGGGUUGCGCUUUAUAUUCGAACAGUUGCAGGUACUGAAGAAGGAUAUCAGCUCAUCUAGGCUUCGAGCUUUGGCCCCUAUGAUAAGUGGCUCUGCAGGUGUUGAUUAUAUGCGUAAAGCGUUUGCAUCACGUUUCAACGUACCAGCUGUGAUGCCUGCUUCAGUCUCCGACAUUGCACAGAAGCUUCCUCGCACAGCAGCAUGGAUUGGUGAAGUUGAAGCUAGUCUGGAACAAGAUAGGGAGGAGUUUGAAACUUCAGUAGCCACAGUCAGAGCGAACCUCAUACAGGGCAAUGGUAUGACCGCCGGAUUGCCUCCGUUGCCGUCCAUGCGAACUGGUGGUCGAUUGGGUGCUGGUGGGUUUUUGUCUCACACCGAUCGGACGGCUGCAUCUGUCGGUGACUCAAGGCCGAGGACAGUAGAUUGGAAAAGCACUGAUACAGUCUUGCGAUUGGGCAUUUUGUCCCUUGUGCGCCAUUUUGAACCUGCUUUUGAGUCUAACGUGCCCGAGACGCUUACCUUGAACGUGGAAAGGUUGCGCAAUUGUCAAAAUGAUUUUCAACGCAUUAUUGUGAUGGCUACUGGAUUGCUAGUAGCUAGACAAGGGCUUACUGGCAGGGGGGUUGUUGGAGCUGAACUGGAUAUGGUUAUGGAGCUCGGUCGUGAAAAACUCGAUGCUCUUUUGAACGAAUCAACUGCCACCAUUGCACAGAUUGGAGCACUUCUUGCCCAAAUUUCGAGUAAUGCGAAUUCUUCUGAAGCAAGUCCGGAGCAUACAGCUUAUUGUGAACUGAUGACAAGAGUCCUCGCGAAGAGUUUAUCUCCUGAUGACGCCGUCUUUGCAAGAGUGUCAGCAGCUGUGGGUGCCAGUUUGAGGGCUGUACUAUUACUAGGAAAAGGAACCGAUGGUUUGGCAAUGGCAGAACUGGCCCUUAAGAGAAUUGGUGGGAGUAUUCUUCUAGACAAAGUUACGUCUGCCGCCGAAGCCCUGGAGAAGAUAGUUACGGUGACUUGCAGGGUACAUGAGCCGUGGUAUGCAUGCAUCAUUACCAAUGUGCCAUAGAUACAGACAGCCAUUAAUUUGUGCGGUGUACAAUCAGCAGCGACAUUGCUACGCUGGAUUGGUAGACAGCGUGCAGAACUGUAAAUUCUACCAUUCACCUGUACAGAAGAUUGUAAUAUGACAAGUAAGUUAUUCUUUAUUAGUGUAGCUCUCUAGAGAUACCAUCUAUCCCAUCCGGGCAGGCCACACAAUUUGAUGUUUCCUUUUUCCUUUGUUGUGUCGCUGCGGAGAGAUUACAAGAGACUCUGUAUCAUUAAUGUACCACUCAAAAUAAUUGGAGAGUAAGGUACUUUUGUCC